AUGGCUGCUUUCAUGUUCUGGUGCCUAGUGGCAUCCGUUUCUCCAAGCCUCGCCAUCCGCGAAGCUGUGGAGACAGCGGUCGGAUCUAACUUGCAGGACACAAACGGCCAGCAACGAGGUUCGACAGUAGCAAUGACCUUGGACGUGGCGCUCUGUGGCGAAUGCAGCAUCUUCGGGGCAGACCAUCGUACGGUGUCUAUCACCAUCAGGGACACCAGGUCGCCCAGUCACCCGUCAUGGCACUUCACCUACCACCUGCUGGACAUGAAAAACAAGCAGAAAGCUCGGUUCGGAGACGACCUCCAAGGUGUUGACCCGGAUGCGGUCCUCGAAGCGACCGUCGAGGUAAAGCAACAGUACUACGUUAAGUUGGCUGGCUUCGCCUCCUGCGGCCGCAAGAUGGGGCAGAUUGAGUUCACCACUUUCGGUGGGCAAGGAGUCGCCUUGAAGCCCUUCGACAAGGCGAACAGCGCUGGCUUCUACCAGAUGGUCCACCUCCAGCUUCUCCGGGAGGCUGAGCUACAGCCGGAGGUCCCCAGCGGGGAGAAGGUCCGCAAUCUCAACGAUCCGGAGAUUCAUGCUCAUGCCCGAGAGCUGGUCGACGAGGAGGAGGACGACAGCACGCCUCGCGAGAUCCUACCGCCUCCUGUGCAGCUGAAGACAAAGUCAGCCCCGCAGGAGUCAGAACAAGAAAGCAGCAGCGGCACGACCAUCGUCGGUGAAGAUGAGGGUGAGGGUGAGGAUGACGAGGCCGAUACGACCCCAGAAGAGACAGUGCCAGAAGCGCAGAACGUCUUCGAUGACUCGAAGGAGAAAGCGAAGGCAAGCGAGCGCAAUUGCAAGAGGUGUAUCUUCCGUCUCGGGAUCGGCCUGGAGGGCUUGCUUGCCUACCAGCUGCGAGGCGUGAUCGAAGCGCUGUGCGAGGCGGACGGCUGUGGCGGUGGAGCUCCUUGCACGGGUUCCUACGGCGGUUUGGAGCUCACCUGUGAUCAGGAUCGAGCGUCAGAAGGCUACAAGAACAUGCAACGGGCUUUGGUUACAAACAUCGUGAAGCUGGACAGGGAGGCUCGCGAGGCGAAGAAAGCCGCAAGCCCCGAGGUCAAGGCAAAGCUUGUGGAGUCGGAAGAGGCAAGCAAGCAGGAGAGUAACUCGCUGCCACCGACUUCUCCUGCGGUGCUGGCACAGGAGGGCUGCCGUGGAGGAGAGGAUGGAGAGGCAGCCUGGACCAGGAACGAGCUAGUUAGCUUGGCAGGUAGUACUGUCAAAAACAGCAAGGGCAAGGCCAGGGUUGCCAAGAACCAGCUGCAGACAUUGUGCUCAUCCCGGUCGGAGCAUCUCUCGGUGCCUGGCUACGAGUGCGCGGCCUUGUACACGAUGAUGAGUGCCGUGAAGAACAAGGAAGUGUCUGGCGACUCCGACUGUGACUUCACCAAGUGGCUCAAGAACAAGGCGAAGAACGUCUUCACCGAAGGCUGUUCUCACAACCAAUGGCGGCUUUGUGAGGAUGGGGAGCCGUGCCCCGGCUCCCGGGCCACCUAUGCCUUGUGUAUGGCCAGGGAGGUGCAGUGA